AUGGUCGUUGGGCACGAGUACUGUGGAAUAGUCAAGGAGCUUGGUUCAGAAGUGACAGGCCUCAAAGUCGGCGCCCGUGUCACAGGAGAAGGCCACAUCACAUGUGGCGUGUGUCGGAACUGUCGAGCCGGCAGACGACACUUGUGCAGAGAAACUGUUGGUGUCGGUGUCAAUAGACCUGGAGCUUUUGCAGAGUACCUUUGCCUUCCUGCCUACAACGUCUUCCAGCUCAGCAGUGGUGUAUCUGAUGAUGUGGCUAGCUUCAUGGAUGCUUUGGGGAACGCCACGCACACUGCCUUGAGCUUCGAUCUGGUAGGCGAGGAUGUGCUGAUCACGGGAGCUGGACCUAUCGGAGUCAUGGCUGCGGCAAUUUGCCGCCAUGUCGGUGCUCGCCACGUCGUAGUCACCGACAUCAACGAUUUCCGUUUGGACCUUGCCAUGAAGUGUGGAGCAACCAGAGCCAUUAAUGUUGGCCAGGGUGAUCCCACGGAAAGAAUCAGAUCGGUGAUGCGUGAACUUCACAUGACGGAAGGCUUCGACAUUGGCUUGGAGAUGUCUGGAGUUCCUGUAGCGGUGCACUCGAUGCUGGAUACCCUGAAUGUCGGUGCUCGCGUAGCUCUGUUGGGAAUACCAUCGAAGCCCUUCGCGAUCAACUGGGACCAAGUGAUCUUCAAGGGUCUUGAAAUCAAAGGAAUCUACGGCAGAGAAAUGUUUGAAACCUGGUACAAGAUGCAGAGUAUGUUGGUUGGUGGACUUCAAGACAAAGUGGCACCCGUGAUUACGCACAGGUAUUCGAUUGAUCAAUAUCAAGCUGGAUUCGAUGCCAUGUUAUCUGGACAAGCCGGAAAAGUAGGCGUCUGCGACUUCGAGCGUUUCUAUUUCGCAGACACAAUGUCAAGUGAAUGCGAUUUGUUGCAACAGGCCGCACCAGCGACGGCAGCCAAGAGCCACGAGCAAACGACGCGCAUGCAGAACUGGAUGCGCCGUCUGGUUUCUGAGCUGAAUGCCUGGCACCGCUCUUGGCAACGCACUGGAAAAGACCGGCGCCGCGGCCAAGCUGUCAAUGCACAGUUCCCAGCGGUUAGCACGAACCGUUUCACUGUCAAAGCGGCAGGACUGGUGGCUUUCAACGAGGAUGUGGAAGCUCUCGACUGCGGCCAUGAGUUCUUCAAUCAGAUUUACCAGCAGUUCCAGGAAGCGCAGCACGAAGUCAUCAUUAUGCCCUUUAUUCUCAGGCCCAGGCUCAGGAUUUUCAGCUCCAAGCCGGAUCGAGCACCUGACACAUCCCUUGCAGACCUUAUCCGUGAGGCUGUCAGACGAAGAGUGCAUGUUUGGAUUUUGGGCUGGGACAAUGCCGCCUCCGAGAAGUACCUGGGAUUGUUUCAGGAUCACGAGUUCGAGCUAUUGUUUGAAUCUGCGGGCGAGGGGAAGCAGUACCUGCAUCUGAUGCUGGACACAGGCCGGCAGCUUCUUGCUUCAGUGUUCUAUCUGCCACAUAUCAAGUCAUAUGUGUUCGACCGCAGGGUUGCAUUUGUCGGCGGAAUUGACUUUGCAGAGAAUCGGCACGAUACGUGCACUCCCAAGUUUGCCAUGCGGAACUGGAUGCAGGAUCUCGGAAAUGUGAUCGAAGGCAAUGACGACCUGCGAGUUCAGGACAACCUCCGCUUGACCGUCGCGAGACUGUGUGUGCAAAUUGCAAUGUCUCAAGAUAUCUCAAGUCCAUCCUGUGAGGAUGCCAUGGUCAAGGUGAGAGGACGUGCCGCAGAGCAAGUCGCCAUGAUCAUGGUGGAGCGCUGGUGGACUUACUGCAAAUCUGUCGGCUUGGCGCGUGCCCAAGCUAUGCGGCCUGUUUCAGCGAUUCUCGACAGUACGUUGUGGAAUGUCAAGGGUGCGCUGCACGACAGCCUCUGGAAGGAUGAGCAAUGCAACCAGAUGCCGAACACCGGCAUCCUUGGGAAACUGCAGCUCAGCCUGCGUGGCGGAUCGUCAGAGGAGCGCCAAAUCCGAAUCGAGACACCUCAGAUACAAAGCGAGUUCUUGGAUCCAAACGCGGAUAAGUUCGUCGUCCUCAAGAGGGGAAAGGCUGAUGAGGUGGACAUCGUUGGUCUUCACGCGCUGGAUGCUCAGGUCCCGGAAGAGAUAGCCAUCUCGUUGGAUGGGAUCCGAGUGCGGAUAUUCAAUUCUCCGCAGACUCUUCACCAUGAUGGAGCAACACUCACGGCGAGGUGGCUGCCGGAAGGUGUUGCUUAUGAGGGAGGAGAACAAAUGUGCAAAGUCACGCUGUCUGGUACCAACAUGUGGAUGGGCACGGCUACCACCGUGCAGGACAGCUACGCAACGUUUCUGAGCAUGAUUCGCAAUGCGAAGAGGUUUGUUUUCAUCGAGAACCAAUACUUCUCCAGCGACUUCCCCUCAUCGUCACCAGAAUGUCAGCACGCGCACGAUCGUAAAUCCGCUGUUCUGUACAGUGGUGCGACCAACCGCGUGGCCGAGGUGCUUCUGGACCGAAUCAAGCAUGCUGCUCUGCUCAAGGAGAAUUUCUCUGUUGCCAUAAUCUUCCCGCUUGGCACAGAGCCCGGAUCGUUCUAUCCGAACCUUCGUGGGGCUUACUGCUUUGAGCAAACGGUGGAGGAUUUCUGGAAGGCUCAUGCACUGGAAUCGGACUGGCGCGACUACCUGUCCUUCUUCUUCUUGGCAAAUGCUGUUCGCGUUGAGAAGCAAUUCGGCGGCCCUGCUGCUGCGUUCUAUGGGAUCUUUACUCACACAAAGGCCAUGGUGGUUGAUGAUGAGAUUUCCUAUCUUGGUUCUGCCAACAUCAACGAUCGGUCUUUACUUGGCCGAGAUGCCGAGGUCGGGAUUACUACACGGGGAGGCUCCUUUCCCAAGCAGUUACGGGAGACCCUUCUGAAGCACCAUACCGGCCCUGGCUUCGGCCAGAUCGAUGCAGCAAGGCUGGUGCCUUCCUUGCGUGCUCUUGCCGAGGGUAAUGCAGAGGAACUUCGGAAGACCAUGGGUAUCUCGUUUCCGCAGGGUUCCUUCAAAGACUCCAGAGGCACGCGUCAGCUUUUCGGAAUGGAGGACCUGUUGAACCAAACGCCAACCCAAGAGGCUGAGUUGCCAUACCCACGAUCGCGCGUUGUGGCCGGAGGCGGUGGCACGAGCCACUUUGAUUGGUUCCUCCUUCCCAAUGUUUCAAGGCCACCCCACUUGCGCGGACUCCUCUUUCCUUGGUCGAGGCAUAUUUGGGGCAUGCCUGCAGUGACGCAGAUCGCGCAGAUCUUCUCUAGCGAGUUCAACUAUUA